CAAAAAUGAAUAAAAAUUUAAAACAAAUAUUUGUGGCUUUUUCUCGAAAUCAAAAUUUAAAUAGAACCGCUGUUUCAAGAUCGUUCAGUAAUUAUAUUCAUAGUACUAAAUUAACAGAUAAUUCCACAAAUAGAUUUAAAGAAAAGUUGGAUAGUGGGCCAAGUUUGGUAAAUUUUCUACAAAAUGAUCAACCACAAUUAUCUCAAAUACAGGAAAAACAUUCAGAUGUUCCUUAUAUUGAAGAGUUAACAAAUUUUCAACGAAAAGUGUAUUUUGAUAUAUAUGGAUGCCAAAUGAAUGUAAACGAUAUAGAAAUUGUUUGGUCUAUUUUAAAAGAAAAUAAAUUUGAACGUACAUUAAAUUUAGUUGAAGCAGAUGUUAUUCUCCUAAUGACUUGUUCUAUAAGAGAAAGUGCAGAAGAGAAAAUUUGGGGUAGACUAGAUUAUAUUAGAGGUUUAAAAAAAGUUAGAAGGAAAGACCGUCCAUCUCUUAAAGUAGGUAUAUUAGGGUGCAUGGCUGAAAGACUUAAGGAGAAAGUAUUAGAAAAAGAGUCUAUGGUUGAUUUAGUGGCAGGACCAGAUAGUUAUAGACAUCUUCCCAGGUUAUUAAGCCUCACUGAAAAUAAUCAAAAGUCUAUAAAUGUUUUGUUAUCACUUGAUGAAACGUAUGCAGAUAUAACACCAGUUCGUCUAAAUGAAAAUUCAAUUUCUGCUUUUGUUUCUAUUAUGAGAGGAUGUGAUAAUAUGUGUACUUAUUGUAUUGUUCCAUUUACUAGGGGAAGAGAACGCUCACGACCUAUAGCUUCAAUUUUAGGUGAAGUUGAAAACCUCUCUAAACAAGGAGUAAAAGAAUUAACAUUACUUGGACAAAAUGUAAAUAGUUAUAGAGAUAUUUCAAGUGAUAAUAAAAUAGACAAUAUAACAACACUUGCUAGUGGUUUUAAAACCGUUUAUAAACCAAAAAAAGGCGGAUUACGAUUUUCAGAUCUCUUAAGGAAAGUAGCAGAGGUGGACUCAGAAAUGAGAAUUAGAUUUACAUCUCCUCACCCAAAAGAUUUUCCUGAUGAUGUGAUAGAGACAAUUCGAAUGUAUCCAAACAUCUGUAAGAAUCUGCAUAUGCCAGCACAAUCUGGCAACACGGCGGUCUUAGAAAGAAUGCGUAGAGGAUAUACUAGAGAAGCCUAUAUCGAUUUAAUAAAACAUAUAAGAAACCUUAUUCCAGAUGUUGCUCUUAGUUCAGAUUUUAUAUGUGGAUUUUGUGGGGAAACAGAUGAAGAGUUUGAAGAUACUGUAUCACUGAUGAAUGAGAUUAAGUAUAACACAGCCUUUCUUUUUCCAUACAGUAUGAGGGAGAAGACUACUGCUCACAGAAGAUACCAGGAUAAUGUUCCAGCUGAUAUUAAACAAAAAAGAUUAGAAAAUAUGAUUCAAGUUUUUCGACAUCAUGCUGAGAAAUUGAAUAGAUCCCAAAUAGGGAAAAAACACCUUGUGUUGAUUGAAGGCUACAGUAAGAGAUCUAAAAGCUUUUUGCAAGGAAGAAAUGAUCACAAUAUCAGAGUAAUUGUUCCAUCAGAACAUGUACCAGAUAAAAAUGGAAAUAAUUUGAGGGAUUUAAAGCCUGGAGACUAUGUAGCUGUAAGGGUAAAUGAUGCUAAUUCACAAACUCUUAGAGCAGUUCCUCUGUAUACAACUAGUCUAAAAGAUUUUUGUUUAGAAGAUAUGUAAAUUAAAAAAAAAUUGAAAACCAAUGUGUGUUUAUUAUAUUAGUUUUAAUAUAAAAUACCUAGAAAAUUUUAACACCCACCAGGUUUCUCUACUAAGUGUUGUUUUUCAGACAAGCUGCCAGAAAACUUUAUAAUCAAUGAUGUUCUGUUUAUGUAACAAAUCAUUUUCAAAAGCUACUAAAAGACAAUUUCUGAGUAAAAAAAAAAGAAAUAUUUAUUGUAUAUUAGAUAAGCAAAACGCGUUUGAAACAAUUCAAUAAAUAAACAACUAUGUAUUGAAAAAAAUUUAAUCAAGAACUCUAGUUUAAGCUGUAGUACUUUGAAGAUUCUUAUGAACACAUUCUUCUUUGUUAAUAAGAUGUGUUAUUUUGUUGACCAACUGCAUGAGCUGUGUUAAAUCAUGUGCCCAAUCAUUUAGCACAUCACUGGGAUCCUUGCUUUGUUGGAAGUGAACAACUCCAGCUGGUCUGUCUGUUUUGGCUUGAAUUGUCUUGCUAACGACCAUCUGUGAGAGAAACUCUUCAGUUUCAGCAGAUGAGAGAUCUAACAAUUCAGAUAUGCGACUAAUUGAAAUACGUGUGUAAUAUUUAGCCAUCACUCGAAUGUUGUGUUCAACAACCCUUGACCUAGAAUUUAACAAAAAAAAAAGUUUAUUUGAGCUGUUCCUUAGGAGUAAACACAAAAAAGUACAACAAUUAGCUUAACUAACUUUAAAUCUGCCCAUCUUUUUUGACCUUGGUCAUUGCUAGAAAAGACUGGAGUGGAUUUCAACGGUUUUUCAUACAAAUCACACAAUCCAGACCACUUUAUUAAUUCUGGAGUGGUAAAUAAUUUUAGUAAUUGUUUGUACAAAGGAAUCUCUUCCAAAAUUUUAUCUGACAAUACCCUGUGAGUUAAAUCAACCUAAAAAUAUUAAAUUAUACUAAAACAUAUAUUUUAAAAAAAUUUAUAAAUACCUGUUCAUUAUCAUGCUGAGCCAAAAUAAGGUAUAAAACAACAGCUUGAGCUGCUGACUGUCUUUCUUCUGGCACUGACAUAAUGCAUGGUGUAUUAAGGACUGCCCUAUAAUGUUUACAAGUAGCCAAAUAGGAACCUUCAUGUUGGUCAACUUCCAUCAUUAGUCUAUAAAAUUUUAGCUUCAGGUCUGAAGCUCCUAAAAACCAACACACUAGCUUUUAAGUCAACUCAACCAGAAAAAUAAUAUUAAUUUUUAUGUAUUUGCUCAUCCUAAAAUUUAGUACGAGUAUUUGCUGAUUUAAUGUAAAAUAAUCCAAAACUGCUGGAACUUACCUUCAUCUUCGAAAAAUUUGGCAUUAAUUUUUUUAGAAAUGAUUUGAGUACGAAUAUAAUCUUGUUUAGCUAUACACAAUCUCAUUUGUUCUAAAAUAAGUUCCACCUUUUCUCUUUUUUCCAUAGAACCAUAAGUUUCCACUUGAAGCUCUUGGAUGAUAUCAGCAGCUUGUUGGACAUUGCCUUCUUCUUCACGAAUUUGAGCUAAUUUAUGAGUUAAACGUGCUCUUUCAACUUCUACAUAAAUCUUUCCCUCAGUUACUUGUCUAAAAUGGUA